CCUGGAUCGAUUGGUUUGGUGGAUUACUGCGGUUGCCGCCAUCCGGCACCCGUCCUCUCACGGAAUAGCAUUUCUGCCACCGACGAGUGGACGUGUCGUGGUUUUUCUGUGUGCUUGUUUCCACUUCUCCUCCCGAAAGACAUUCCGUUGGAUCAGACAGGGAAGAACCGCAAAAGGUUCUUUGUGUUUUGUCCGUGUCUUGCCGUGGUGGAUUCCCCCCGGUGCGGGAUGCUGUGCCCGUGAAGCCCUGCUCCCGCCAUGGUUGGUCUCUAACGAGAGAUGUAGUGCGAGUAGUACGGUACUGCAACAAGCACAAAGCAGAUUGUACCAUGCUCUAUAUCGUGCAUCCUUGCUUGUUCCUUGGUUGCCACCAACCAGUACUUACCGUACAUUCGGUCCGAUACACGCCUUGUGAUCGAGGAAUUUCCGUCGAUCAAGAGCACGAUUGACAUUUUUCGGAAGUUCGCCCGGCGCGCAAGCACACAUCAUUUGAACGACCCCAACGACCCCAACGACUUUCAGUCUUGAUACAGUGCGGAUAAAAAACUGCCAUUUAUGGCGAACGAGGAAAAAAACUUGUGGAAUUCCGUACGGUAGCCGGGUUGCGUCCCGAAGAGUGCUGUACGACGCAMUACGCACAGWAUUACGUACMAGAACCGGUACAUUCCAUGGCAUUGUGUCCUCUCGACAUCGUUGGAACCCUAUUCCAUUCCAGUUCUAUCAGCUUCCGUCUGCCGAAGACAGGGAACAGAGUCCUAGUGCUUGUACUGUAAAGUACUUUUACUCGCACCCGAAAGCGACAACCACUGACCAUUCCCCACGAAGACACCGGGAGAACAGCAAUCCCCCAGCAGCGAAACGACCAGGAUUCGGGAAACCGAUUUUCACAGAGUGGAGACAUCGCACCGAGGCCUACCGAGCCAUUCCAUUCCAUCCUAUCCUAUCCUAUCCUAUCCUUCCGCGGGACACAGUUCCGUCUGAGAAUCGCCUUUUCAAUCAGAACCCGGCUCCGGUUUUGGAGCAUUUCAAUUAAAUACACGAGCCCGAUAGUUUGUUUGAUUCGAUAUCGAUACAGCACAGACAUCUGAUAUGUUCAAGACUACGCCGUUCAAAAAGGCCAAGGACGGAUCAAAAACCAUCGUAGGACGCAUCGUCGAGGUCGGUGAGAAGGGGGUCGUAGACAACGAAAACCAGCGCCCGGUGGACAACAUCGCCCACGACUACGACGCCAAGUCUUCCACRCCCUUCCGCAAGGGCGCGAUCUCCGCUUCCGUCUCGAAGAUCUUUGCGGGACACAACACAGCCGCGAGCUCGUCGACCACCCGGACCCCAGGGAGGAAACUCCUCAAGAAACUCAUUUGCACUCCCGGAAAGGCACGGAGCUUUCCGGACACGUCCAUCUCGGACGCCGACGAUUUCGGUGUGCACAUUCCGAACAACAGCUUCGACCUCCCCUCGUUCAGCCAAGAGGAAKCGAGCAUCCACGGCGCCAAUCGAUCCGGUCCCGAGGGAACGGCGUCCAGCCCCCAAAAGCUCGCCCRAAACYUCCCGAAAACCCAGGACGCGAACCCCCACCACGGCGAGGUUCCAAACCCUCGGACCGAGUCUCCGGCGAGAGCAUCCGGCGGCGAAAUGCCGGGGAACACCACCGGUACCAAGCAGAUUGAUGACGCGUUGGUGGCUGCAUCGGACCACUCGGAUCGAAACGAGGACAUGCUGUUCUUGACAACUUCUACCUCAUCCGAUGAGACCGACGAGAGAAACGAAACGAGAAACGAAAGCGAUCCGAUGUCCAGACUGGCGUCCUCUCAGUACCAUUCUCCUCGUCGUWCGUCGCCAACCAAGGCAAUGAGAUCUCCGGGAAUCUCCAUCCCGACACCUUCCAUGGUGAAAUUGCGAGAGACCUCGAGUGGUUCUCACACCGAAGACUAUYUCACCGCGGGAUCCGGUAUCCAGUUUCCCCAUACCUUUCGAAGUUCUUCCGAUGUUCCGAUGGAAGAGCAAAACAACACCGCGCCAAACCCAAMAAAUCUGUCCACCCAGUUUGAAGAAGACGACGACGACGAUGCGUUUUUGCCCGAUGAUUUCGAUGGAGUUGCUAUGGUACAACCCGUAGAGAAAUCAUUCACACUAGCAGAAGUAGAAAAAAAGAUUAACGACGCAAGAAGAGAAGAACGAAUUCAGCUGCGAAUGCAACACGACAAGAUUUUGAGAGAAARAGAAAACGAAUUCGAACAAGUAUUGAUCGACAGUGGAACGCAAUGGAAAAAAGAUUCYGACGAGCAAGAAGCCAUCUUCCAGAGACGUCUCAAGGAAGAAGAGCGCAAGGUUUCAAAGAAGCACCACGAACUWAUCAACAAGGUACAAUCGCUCGAUGAUUUGACGACCACACUCAAAGAAACCGAGGGAGAACGAGAUUCUUUGAAAUCGCGCAUCGAUCAGCUCGAAGCUUCGGCACAAACCUCAAGCGAUUCCAGAGACCAGGAACUUGGCUUUCUACGAAAUGCAAAAGCAGYAGCGGAUACCCGCAUUGCCGAGCUGGAGAGUGAACUCAGCAGCAAGGAGUCUCUCGAGGCCGCCACGCAGCGCCAUCAAGAUUCAAACAACGARUUGACUAGAAAACUAUCGGACACCGAAAUCGAGCUCGCCAAAUUGAAAACGCAAGUGDAACAAAUGAGCGAACUGCAGCAGGAAAAGGAGGUCGCCGACCAAAAAGUUGCUGAAUUGUCGGAAAACGUCGGUGUUCUCACAAAAUCAUACGAUCACUCCCAGAGUCAAUUGGAAGACACGUUGAAGGAAAUAGCGCUUUUGAAAGRACAACUGGCAGAGUUGCCAUCGGUAGAUCCGGAAGAAAUUCGCAGUUCAAAACUCGAGGUAGAGAACCUGAGAAAGCUCCGUACCGAAGAYGAAAAAGAAAUCGAGGCACUCCAGAGCCAGCUUGGCCAAAUCGUGCGGGAGCAUCAAGAUAUGUGCACCCCUCAAAAGAAGAAACCUAGUACCAGCUACAGUGAAUCUCCCUGUGUUGGAGAAAUAGAYAUGUUGAGAGUCGAUUACAACAAAGCCCAAGAUCAGCUCAAAUCCAUGGGCAAGAUUCUGAAACGGUACAAGUCCGAACGAGACGAUGYGAAAGCUAAGGUUCAGGAACUCGAACAAGGACGUGUUCAGACGGUGGAAAUUGCGGUUAAGCAAGCAAAAGAGGAUCAGAAAGAGAAAAGAGAAGCCUUGGCGAAGGAGAACGAAGCYCUGCGCAAUCAACUGAAAACGAAGGAUAUUGCUGAACAGAUCGUUGAGGAAAUGAAAGAGCAUAUAGAAGAACUCAAAAAACGUCACGAAGAAAAAGUUAGUCAAUUGAUGAAAAGCAUGGACGAUUUGAAAGACAACACAGACGAAGAACAUAAACUGCGCGAUGCUCACUUUGAAACAGAAAGAAGGAAUUUGGURGAGGAACACGAAAAGGAGAUUGAAACUAUGAAACAGUACAUACAAAAGAUCCAAACGAACGAGACAGAUGAGAUCGAACGUCUGCGUGCCGAGCUUUGUCAAAUCAAGGCAGAUUUUGMGAACGAGAAAGCCGAAAUAAUAAAAACGAAAACCAAAGAAUGCGAUGCUCUCGGAGAUCAGAUGACAUCGAUGCAUGAAUUGCACACGGAAGAGUUAGAACUCUUAGCAAGCGAGAGACAAGAGGAAGUCGACGAUCUGAAUAGCAGAAUUGCUCAGCUCGAAAACCUGCUGAGUGCAAAACCUGUUGUUCCUGAGGAGAGUAUUCAAGACAUGAGAUCGAACUUUGAAGAAAGUUUGAAGGAAGUAAGGGGGGAAGCAAAAACCGAGAGAGACCGUCUGCAGGCGAAGAUCGAUGUCUUACAGGACGAAAAAAAUGCACAGAUAAAGAAAAUAAAGGAUCUCGAGGUUGAAAUUGGGGAAAUUCAAGCGGAAAGUGAAGCUAGAAKAGAAAAAGAAAAGAACGAAUACAGUCGCCAAAUCUACGAAUUGAAAAAGAAUCACGGUACCGAAAGUGAUGAACUGCUUGCUCAAUUAGAUCUUUUUGAGGCCGAGACUGACCAACGUUGUAAAGCUGCAGAAAAUGCCAUCAAAGAGAAGGAUGCGGUCAUCUCGGCACUCGGAACCCAACUUGCUGAGUCCGAAUCCCGUUCAAUAUCUGCUACGAAUAAAUAUAAAAAUUUGAAGCACGAACUGAAAACUCUACGAAAUGACAUGGAAACUGCCAAUGCUAAAAACGAAAUGAGUCAGAUUGAAAUCGCUGAUCUUAUUGCAGAGCACGGUAAGGAAAUGGAAGAGCAGAUUGUUUUGAGAGAGGUUGCUUGCAACGAAGCACGGGAAGAAAUGAUCGCACUUGCCGAGGGACAACUUGCGGAGAGACAAGAAAUAUAUCAGGCGCUAAAGAGAGAACUUGACAGCGCUCAAUCCAAAAUUUCAGUGCUCGAACGAGACCUACGAUUUGCGACCAAAGAAGUAGACGAGAUUAGUAGGCGAUACGAGGGGCAAGAGGCUGAUCUUCGGGAUGAAUUGGCACAAACCAAAGCUGGUAAGUUAGCAGAUGCCCAUGAAACAUUUUGUUUUGGUAACUUGAGAACGAUGUGUCUCAUCUUUUCUCUUUUUUGAUAMCGACAGUACUGGCCACRAAAGAAGCCAACCUCGUACGAGUGGGAAAGAAACAUGAAGCCGAACUUGAUCGAGUCAAGAAGGCUGAGAAGGCGAUGAAGUCAAAGCUUGAGGAAGCGCAAACAACGAGUCAUUCGCUCCAGAAAGCAUUAGCGAGUACUUUAACAGAGAAGCAGAGAAUCGAAACCGAAUUAGCCGAGGUUACGGCUAUCAGUGAAGAAUUAGCGACCAUGCUGGAAGGUAAYAAGACCCACUGAUACUGAACAUACCAGUACCAAUCUCAACAGGGGCCAUUGCAAUAAUCAUCGACCUGGACUUUCGAGUUGUGCGAAAGUCGUACCAAAACUGAAAGAAAUUAACAGAAGCAAACAAGAAAAUAUUGAUGGCAAAACCUGUUGUUAGUCAUAAUUUUCUGUGUACGAUCGUGCUAUCCUUAGACUAACCAGGUAAUUUCGCUUAAGACUUCAUUACUUGUAAAAUCCGAUUUCACCAUAAUGUACUGGUUGUCCCCAGAGUAGUAGUGGGCGCGACAUUUGCGAUCCUUGGAGGUUGUUCAGUAUUGAGUAGGUUGCAUAAAAGAAACAUGUUUGCAAACAAUGAAAAUACGUCAACCCUUUUGGCUGAAAUUUGCUAAACCUGUUGUAAAAUCUAACCCGUCCUUUAACUCCAAUGACAAUUUUUUAGAGGUAAAUUGAAGGAAUUAUUUUACUGUCAACCUUAACACAACUACUACUAAGAAGUUCAGUCAUUAUCAUGAUCAGUCAUUUGGAAAGAAAACCCCAAGACUAGUAGCCAAAAAGCACAUGAGCAUUGUUGCAUAAUUUUAAUAUUACUACUAUUUUAAAAAAUAACUAAAMGUAUU